GAUCAUCUUCGAUAAUUUAUUUACCGUGUCGACAUCAUCACUUUUCGGGGAAGUUGCCAGUCCUCUUGACACCUGCCGCCCUCAAUGUCCCAGAACAACACCACUUCGGACAUUCUGCUAGCCGGCGCCUUCGCUGCCUUUUCUGUCGACUUGCUCGUAUACCCCCUCGACACGCUCAAGACGCGCUUGCAGUCGCCCGACUACAACCGCCUGUUCGUCAAUGCCUCGACCAACACCAUCAACCGCGCGGCUAUGUUCCGCGGCCUGUACCAGGGCGUCGGCAGCGUCAUCAUAGCCACUCUGCCUUCCUCAGGAGCCUUCUUUACGACGUACGAGGGCGUGAAAUCGCUCCUCACGGAGCACAACCCCAUGCUCGCGCACUCGCAGCGCCACCUACUGCCGCAGCCAGUGAUCCACUCGCUGGCCUCCAGCGUCGGUGAACUCGUUUCGUGUGCAAUCCUCACACCCGCCGAGGUCAUUAAGCAGAACGCGCAGAUGGUCGAUACGUCGGCCGCGGGCACGCACAGCAACGCAACGGUCGAGACGCUGCGCAAGUUCCGGUCGAACCCGCUCGCCCUAUGGCGCGGCUACUCGGCCCUCGCCAUACGCAACCUGCCCUUCACUGCACUGCAGUUCCCCAUGUUUGAGCGCAUGAAGGAGAGCCUCAAGGCGUGGCGCGACCGCACCGGCCGCCGCACUGGCUCCCUCGCGGAGAGCGGCAUUAUCACCGCCGUGUCGGCCGGCUCAGCCGGCAGCAUCGCCGCCAUUGUUACCACGCCCAUUGACGUGAUCAAGACGCGCGUGAUGCUGGCGGCGGCCGGCGAGGGCAAGCCCAGUAGCAACAGCAGUGGCGCGAAGCCCCAUACCGGUGAGCUUGUCGAUGCGUUUGGCAAGCCGGUCAAGGCGUCGAAGGACGCAAUGACGGCAGCGGGGGGCAUGGUCAAACAGGCGGCGCGCGGACGCCUCUCUUCCGCGGCCAUUGUGCGCGAGAUCCUGGCGCAAGAGGGUAUGCGUGGGCUUUGGCGUGGCGGGGCUCUUCGCGCCGUCUGGACGCUCGUUGGUAGCGGGCUGUACCUGGGCGUGUAUGAGAGCGGGCGUAUUUGGCUGGCGAGGAGACGUGGAGAUAAUGUUAGCGAAGAGGAGCUGUUUUAGUGGUGUGUUUCCGUUCAGUGCGCAGGUGAGAAAGUG